CAGCACUGUGUCCUUGGCUGCGGUGGGUGGUAGGUGGGGUCCACUCGGCUGCCUCCUGUGGCUCCUCAAGGUGGUGGCUGAGGGACCACCUCCGCGGGCAGAGAUUGUCUGUCCUUUUUUGUUUCUUUCCUCGGGGUGGAAAUCAUGGCCCAGGGGUGACUUGCAGAACCGUAGCUGCUUUAUCUGGAGCUCUUGGGUGGUCUGUAUUUUGAGAAGGGGAAGGGGUGCCCAGACCCUGCCUACUAACAGCUAGCAGUAACCAGUGCUUGUGAGCCCCGCCCGCCUCCCUCUGGAACAGGUAUCUGUGGGACUGAGUGCUGGGUGGGGACAGCAGCCAGCCACCGGCAAGCUCUUUCCGUAAAGGCUCAGGUGGUAGAUAUUUUAGGCUUUGGGGGCAUACAGUCUCUGUUGCAGCUACUUAACUUUGCCAUUUAGUACUAAAGGAACAUAGAUGAUACGUAAAUAAAUAAGCAUGAUUGUGUUCCCAUAAAACUGUAUUUACAAAACCAGGCUGAGUUUGACUUGCUGGCCAUAGUUUGCCAACUCCUGUAUUAUAGCAGAAAUGGGGGCAGUGGUUAAGUAAAUAACACUUAAGUAAUUAAGUUAACGCUUAAGUUAACUUUAAUAACUGAAUAAAGUAUUACACAGUCCUUAUAAAUCAUGCUGAAGAGACAUGGGAAAGUGUAUGUUAUGUAGCAUUAAGUGAAAAGGGUGGAAAUAUGAACUUGUACUUGGGUUGUUUAUAAUUACGUAUGAAUAUAUAGUUACGAACGAAAGAAGUCAAGUGACUGCUGGGGGGAUGUUUUCUGGGAUGUUUGAGGGACAGUCCCUGGACUGAGUCCCCUCAGCGAUGCUGGCGCUGAUCCGGUGCUGCUGCCCCGGCCUCUGUGGUUCUCCUGGUCUCCCCCCAGCAUGGCAUUGCUCCUUGUGGCUCUGUUCUCCACGCUGCAGGGCUGCACUGGUCCAAAGCAGGGAAAGCGGUGGAGUUGGGCUUAUUGGCUGCUGCCACCAGCACCAUCCUCCUGUGCUUCUUGUCUCGUCCACCUGCUGCCUGGUGUGGGACAUGGCAACCACUCGGCACACACACAUGACCCGGGCUGGGUUCUUGGGGGAGGGUUCGCUGGGGGAAGGAAAGGCCAGGCCCAUGGAUGGCUGACCAGGAAGACUGGAGGGGAAGCGCGUUUGCCAACUACUCCCAGGUCAAUCCUGGAAAAACUGUCUCUUGUUCACCUUACAGAUAGUACGUUGAGAGCUCAUAGGUAGGCAAGAGGGGCCCGGGGGACAUAGAGCAGCGAUGAAGGUCCCGAUGUGGUAGGACUGACCCCUCGCUUUGAAUGUCACCUUUUGGGAGCAUGAUGAGUGUGGAGCACCUCUCACGGGGUUUGUCUGUAUGUCAUGCGUGUCGUGUUGCUCCCACCUCACCCCCAUCACUCGCGUACCAGCUGGCAGUCCUGUGUGUUGUGGUCUCAAGCCUGGUGGGGUCAGAGAUGCAAGGCUCUGAGGAUGGUUCCUGGAGCUGGCAGGGCGUGGCCUCAAGGACCCCGGUCACACUCACAGGCUUCUCUCUACCCUCUCUGGAAAGGGAUCUGUCCUACAUCAAGAUCAUGGACGUGGGGCAGAGCUACAUCGUGAACCGCGUGGCUGACCACAUCCAGAGCCGCAUUGUGUAUUACCUCAUGAACAUCCACGUGACGCCCCGCUCCAUCUACCUCUGCCGGCACGGGGAAAGCGAGCUCAACCUCAAGGGCCGGAUUGGCGGGGACCCAGGACUGUCCGCCCGGGGCAGGGAGUUUGCCAGGAGUCUGGCCCAGUUCAUCAGGGAUCAGAACAUCAAGGACCUAAAGGUUUGGACAAGCCAGAUGAAGAGGACAAUCCAGACGGCUGAGGCCCUGGGUGUGCCUUAUGAGCAGUGGAAAGUUCUCAACGAGAUUGAUGCGGGCGUCUGUGAGGAAAUGACUUACGAGGAAAUUCAGGAUCAUUAUCCACUGGAAUUUGCCCUGCGAGACCAGGACAAGUACCGGUACCGGUACCCCAAGGGGGAGUCCUAUGAGGACCUGGUCCAGCGACUCGAGCCUGUCAUCAUGGAGCUGGAGCGGCAAGAGAACGUGCUGGUCAUCUGCCACCAGGCUGUGAUGCGCUGCCUCCUGGCCUACUUCCUUGACAAGGCAGCAGAACAGCUGCCUUACCUCAAGUGUCCGCUGCACACGGUCCUGAAGCUGACCCCCGUGGCUUAUGGUUGUAAAGUGGAGUCCAUAUUCCUGAAUGUGGCGGCUGUGAACACGCACCGAGACAGGCCUCAGGUAGCAGCCGGGUCACUGCUGGGGUGGUGGGCACGUUCCUGGGGGUCCAGACACAGCAACCACCAGGGCCAGGCCCAGCUGGGGCAUCUACUGAGUGAGCUUGAGUUCUCUGUCAGGGUGACGCUGUGGCCAGAACAGAGGCUAGAGGCCUACAGGGGGCAGGCGCUUCCAUGUCCCACCAGCCCAGGCCUCAUGAGCACCUGUCCAACCUGAGCACCUUUAAAAAGUAAAAAUGAAAAAUGUCCUGCUUUGUUGCGGAAAGGGCCAUGCAGAGGCUGAGGGUGUCUCGGUGCUGCGUAGAGACCUUCCUGCGGAAGGACACGUCUCUGUUCUGUGUUCCCCCAGCGUUAAAGAUAGAAGCUCCUUGAAGUGUUGCCCAGAAGCACUUCAUGCCCGUGUGGGAUCCUUCUGCCAUCUUGGUUUCCUCUCCCACUGAGGCCAAGAGCAGGACCGCCCCUCUGGGCCCCAUUCCCAGAGUCUGUUGCACCAGGAAGGCUCCUGGGACCUUAGUCAUGCCUGCUGCCACCCACAAUGGGACGUGUUGGGCCUUGGGUCCCUGCCCAGGGUGCAGGCCUUGGGCCCCACAGGCUGAGGUGUGUGGAUGUGUCCUCCUGUUUCCUAAGGCUGCUUCCCCUCACCAGAACCAGUCAUUGUGUAAACCUCUUCCCUGUUUGCCCUGAGAGUCCGAUGAAGGCCCAGUCUGGCACACACAGGUCUCAGGGGUAGAUGUCCCAACAGGCCCCUCGUACUGAGGAAAGCUCAGAAGGUGUUGGGCCCCCAGCACUGAUGGGGUGAUGGUGAAAGAGGCCCCUGGACCCAGCAAGCAUCAGGGGCUGGUGCCCCGGUCCAUUUGCAGGAGCCAACAUGGCCAUGGGGUAGUUGGCAGGCACCCUGCCUGCCUCUGGGUAGGCACUUCUGAGAGGCAAACUUCUGUUGGCCACAGGUUCCGGGAUGGUUCCUUUUAAGGUGGGCAGGAUCUCCAGGUCCUGGCCCAUCCUUGGGGACAGGUUGUGGUGAGAAAGGGGCCCUUGGGAAGCCUGCCCCCAGUGAGAAUUGCACCUGCCCCUACAAUUCCAGUGGCCAGCCCUGUGAACUCAGGAGUGUGGCCAUAGCGGACAUGAUUCCCUCCCUGCAGAUCUGGGCUCUGUCCCAGUUCUGAGGCAGGGGAGGGGUGCUGUUCAGGAGGUGCAGGGGGCCUGGUGCCCCAGCUCUCAGACACAGGAGGUGUCCGCAGCCUGCCGGGGCCAUAUCUGACACCUGUGCACCGACACACCGACAUAGCAGGGAGGAGGGCACCCUCGGGAGCUGGUCCCCUUCCCAGCCAGCUCUUUCUCCCCACCUGACCCAGACCUGAGGCGGGAGGCGGGGAUGGCCUCACUCUGGGUAAUGCCUGACCUGCCUGCAAGGAGCAAGCAGGAACCGGAGGUGUCCUCCAUCCCUCACCUUUUUUCUGGUGUUUGUCACCCACCACGUGUCAAGAGGCUCUUGACGCCUGGCUCUUAGGAAAGGUCGGGGUCUAAGUCCUGUGACCGGGGCUCCUCGGGGUGAGGAUGUGAGUCCAGCGGCUAUAGCGAUGAGCAAAGCGGGUAGUGGUGACUGUCUGUCCUUGGCAAAUGGUCAGCGUUCUGUGUGUUUAAUUUUGUGCAGAAUGUAGACAUCUCUCGGCCUCCGGAGGAAGCCCUUGUCACGGUCCCUGCUCACCAGUGACCGUGUGUCGUCCACUGCAACCCCCGGGCAGGUGUUGAUCUCUGUGGACGAGGUCA